AUGAGUCGAAAGAUCUACGAUCUAAUUGAUAUAAAUUGGAUUCAAUCUGCAAUUGAACAAAUUAAUCAAGGUCAAAAACUCAAAACAAUACUUAGCAAUGUCCAACUCACUGAUGGACGCAUUAUACCAUCAAUAUCUAAAAAAACAUUCCACUUAGCAAUUAAAUCAAAUGGAAUUCCUGACACAAAAUUUAAACCAGGGCGUAAACCAAUCGAACCACCUGAGGAAUUAUUAGAUACAGUAAAUAAAUUACAUCAAAAAGUUAAAAAAAUCGGAAUAUCAAGAGCAUACGGAAGAAUUAUUACCGAUAAGGAUAUGUUAAUUCAAAGGGAAACCGAAAAUGCUAAUCAUGAUUUAGAUGAUUUACCAAUUUCACAAUUAAAUACAAAUCCAAUAGGUUUUUCAAAUUCUUCGGAAUAUCUUUCUGAGUAUACAAAUUCUGAUUCUGAUUCAUCAGCAGAAAAACUUUUUUCUUCCAAUUCUUCUGAAGAAGAUCCACAAAUUGAGUCGGAAUUAUCUGAAGAUCCAUAUAUCGUUCAUACAGAAACUACUCAAAAUUUGGAAAAAUCAACCGAUUAUUUUAACAAAAAAUUAUUGGAAACAAACUUUUCAGAAAGAACUGUAAAGAAGUGUUUCAAAAUAGGGAUGCGUUAA